AUGGCUGCACCACAAAGUAUCCUCUUUCCCCCAGAGGAGAUUAGCAUGGAUUGGCAGCAGAGACAGGGAGCUGGAGCAGGACUGCACAACCUGGGCAACACAUGCUUCCUGAAUGCCGUCCUGCAGUGCCUGACAUACACCCCGCCUCUGGCCAACUACUUGCUCUCUGGGGAGCACAGCCAGUCCUGUGGCCAGCAAGGUUUCUGCAUGAUGUGUAUCAUGGAAGCGCAUGUGAAGAAGGUCCUGCAUUCUUCAGGCAGCGCCAUUGAGCCUUGGGAAGUCAUCAGUGUUCUCCCACGCUUAGGAGACCAUUUCAGGCUGGGCAGGCAGGGAGAUGCCCACGAGUUCUUAUGCUGCAUUGUCACUGCCAUGCAGAGAGCUUGUCUGAGCGGAAGCACCAACUUGGACGUCUCUUCUCAAGCAUCUACCAUCAUCCAUCAAAUAUUUGAGGGUGUCCUGAGAUCCAGAGUCACGUGCUUGAGCUGCAAUGUGUUUUAUGAUGACCACAAGCCCUUCCUGGAUGUCCUUCUGGAUAUACAAGCAGCCACGUCAGUCACUGAAGCUCUGGAGAACUUUGUGAAGGCUGAGCAGCUGGAUGGUGAAAACUGCCUGAAGUGCAGCCACUGUGACAAGAUGGUUGCUGCCUCUCAGAGGUUCACAGUCCAUUGCCCACCCAAGGUUCUCACCUUGUGCCUGAAGAGGUGUGGAGAUUCCCAUGGUGGGAAGAUCAGCAAGGUUGUGGAGUAUCCUGAGUACCUGGAUCUUUGGCCUUACAUUUCUCAGACAGCUGGAGAACCCCUCCUCUACUCACUGUACGCUGUGCUGGUGCACAGGGGGGAGAGCUGUGAUGCAGGGCACUAUUUCUGCUAUGUCAAGACCAGCAAUGGGCUGUGGCACAAGAUGGAUGAUUCGUUGGUGACACGUUGUGACCUCCAGACCGUUCUUGGGCAGCAGGCCUAUUUGCUGUUUUAUGUCAGGUGA